CACUUGUGUGAGACCAUUGGUAAUCGGCAGCCACUUGUAAAAUUUCUCUCAAGGAAAUAUCUGAGGCGGAAAACCACUAUGAUUUUCGAGUUACAGGUCGCAGCUCAGCUGUUGCUCCUCAGUGUCUCAACCGUGUUUGGAUUCUCUAAAGGUCCUCCAUUGAGUGCCUGCGAGAAUAAGUUCCCUCACCACAAAAGGGCUGUGGCACAACAAGGACUGCCUCCUUAUAACAUCUCUGUGUCCUCACUUUUGUAUAACCCUGGAGACAACCUGACAGUGAUCAUCUCAGGAUCACAGCCUUUUAAGGGAUUCAUUUUAAAUGCACAGGGGACUGAAAGCUCGAUUCCUCGGCCAGUAGGAACAUUUACUCAAAUUCCAAGUUAUACAGCUUCUCUUGACUGUUCUGGAGAUGAAUCAAAGGACACAGUUGGUCAUAAAAAUCCUAACCCAGCUAAGAACUUGAAUUCACUUCAGUUCACUUGGAUGGCUCCUGAAAAGAGUGCAGGGAACAUCAGCUUCAUUGCAACCAUUGUUCAGAGCUAUUCCACUUUCUGGGAAAAAGUUUCUUCUCCUGUGGUUCAUGGUCCACCAGCAGAGGAUGUCACUAGUGGGACUUCAACAGAGAGCUUUCAGUCACAAAAGAUAACCAAAGAUGGAUGCGGGAAGACAAAGAGCUGCUAUUCUGAGCCUGCAAAUUGCAAGUCCAGCAAAGACUGUGAAUAUCUUGCGACCAUAAAACCAGAGGGGGACCAGUGUGAGUCAGUGGAAUUUGAGCUUAGCACCAAGAAACAAUGGGGGGCCAUUGGUUUUAACAGUGAAAAGAACAAGAUGGAUGGCACCGAUGCCUUAAUAUGCGCUGAAGUCAAGAAUAAUGUCACUGUAAAACAUUAUAUGGCCGACCAAGGGUACGGUAGACCUACCAAUAAAGGGACACCCGCCUCUAUUAUUGUAACUCUUGCUGAAUCAAAAGAUGGAGUUGUUGCCUGUCGCUUUAAAAGGAAGAAGAAAGAUGACAAGAUGGUGGAUCUUACGAAGACAUGGCAUCUUGUGUAUGCAAGCGGCCCUAUGAGCGGAGACGAGAUAGGAAUACACUCCACAACUCCAAAAACCAGCCCUCAGAAAGUGGACGUCUGUGCAAAGGGAGAGCUUGUUGCAGCAGAGAAGAGCAUUACAUUGGUACAGGUUCAUGGCUGUUUAAUGGUUAUCGCGUGGAUUGGCUUUGCGUCGAUUGGAAUGUUCAUUGCUCGUCACAUGAAGGUGUUGUUUGGCCAGAGGGUUCUGCUUGGCACCAAAAUGUGGUUUACGCUUCACCGAUUGUUAAUGGUCUUGACAGUUGUGCUUACUAUUCUUGGAGUUAUCCUCAUCUUUGUUCAUGCUGGUCGCUGGACCAAGGAAGCUGGCGCUCAUCCAAUCACUGGUAUAUUUGUACUGGUGCUCGCUGUUAUUCAACCAAUUAUGGCAGUAUUCAGACCCCACCCCGGAGAAGAAAAACGCUACAUCUUCAACUGGGCUCAUCGUGGUGUGGGGCUGUCCGCACUAAUCCUGGCUGUGGUGACUGUGUUCUUUGGUCUUCGCCUUCCUCACUCAAGGCUAGGUGACCCCGCCUUGUACCCCAUGGUCGCCUAUUGUGUGGCUUUGAUUCUUGUGGUUGCUUACGACAUUUACGAUACUUUGACGACGUCGCGUGGCGGAGCAUCUUUCAACGUCGGUCCGUCGGGAGGGAAAGAAGAUGGUAAUGUUGAAUUGCAGCCCCCUGGCGUUCCGGCUGUAAAUAAACGCAAGUUUCUGUUCGCCUUUACGGUUCUUGUUUCAGUUGGUGUUGUGAUUGCACUUUUGGUGCUGAUUGCAAUCGCUGACGGAGAAUCUCACGAACAUGAUCACGACAGCUAAAUUAAAAGUCAAGGAGUCAAUGCAACAAAAUUCCUCAAGCGGAGGGUGCAGAUAUUACAGUUGACGGCAUAAUGAUCAACUUAUGAACUGAAGUGGUACCACAUCAGUCGUAUAAGAACUAGUUGAUAGUGAACUUUUUGUCAGCCUAUUUCUUUUUAAUAAGGUUAUAUCUGUACACUGUCUUAUUUAUUUUCUGCGAAUAUCACUUUUUUAUCAGGAUGUAGCUGUAUUUUUUUUUAGGUGAAAUGUUAAUAAGAGUAAAAAGUUAUUAACAGAUGAGGUGGUAGAGGUCAUACGUUUAUGAAGAGAUAUAUAGACUAGUAAAAAGUGUUCGGAAGAUGUUUCCUUUAGGUAAUAGUAAGCAUAACGCUGAUAUAUUUGAAUGAUUUAAACUCUAGCAAAUAUUUAGACAUUUUAACGAUGAUUUAUCGUAAAUAAAACAGUCGUAUGUUUGAGAAAGGGUUUCCUAUAGAGGUCUUGGCUCAUUUCAAAGCCCUAUUUCCAAUUGUUUUACACCAUGUUUUUACAAUCUCUCCAGAGAAGUCUCUGGCUGACACACUCUUACUCAUUGAGAGCUUGACUGUUUCAAGUCAACUAUGUGAUUUAUAAUGGUAAUAGGACCGAGUGGAGUCCAAUUCGGUCCGUAAUCACACGAGUGAUUAACGAUUUGUCAAUUACGAGUAUUAUAACAGACAGAAUUGGAAGACAAAAAUCCUGUUACCAAUUAAUCAUAACCUUUACAAUUUCCGAAAACAACAAUAACUUUAGGACAAAUAUCUGUGGUAGAGACAAAGUCUAAGUGAAAAAUUCAACUUUGGAAAUUUCACCAUUUUUUUAGGAUAAGUGGUUGUUGCUGUGGUUGUGAUCAAUUCUGUGAUUGGUGGAUUUGGCUGAAAGGACUGAGCAUGAUUCGAAAUUUCAACUGCUCGAUUACAGCCAACUGUCUGAUUACAUUGUCCAAUUAAAACUGUGCAGAAUGAUUCGUGAAGAAUAAAGCAGCUAAAGCACCA